GCUUCUCGAUCCCUCCUGAACCCCUUCUCCGUUCGAUGAGUCGAUGCCACGGGCGGCGAGAAUUCUGCAGGCGAACUCCGGCCUCUUGCCGGCGGCUGAGCCUCCGGAGCCGCUCUCGGUGGACUCUGACAUGGUGGUGAUCCUGGCGGCGCUGCUCUGCGCCCUGAUCUGCGUCGUGGGGCUCGCCCUCGUGGCUCGCUGCGCCUGGAUUCGGCGGUCGGCCGGAGCCCCGCCCGCGCCGAAGAGCAAGGGGCUCAAGAAGAAGGCGCUCAGGGCGCUGCCCAAGGUGUCGUACGACGCCGCGGCGGCGGGCGGCGGGGGGCUCGCGGACUGCCCGAUCUGCCUCGCGGACUUCGUGGAGGGGGACGAGAUCCGCAUCCUGCCGCAGUGCGGGCACGGGUUCCACGUCGGGUGCGUCGACACGUGGCUUGUUUCCCGCUCCAGCUGCCCGUUCUGCCGCCGCGAGCUCGUAUUCGCUGCCGCGGCCGCAGCCUCCCAGCCAUCGCGAUGCCAGACGUGCGGAGCACGCUCCGGCGACGCUGCUGCGCCCUCCGCCGCGGCGGCAGCAGAGGAAUUGGCGAAGGCCAGAGAGGACGGCGAUGCCAGUAGGUUCCUCACCUGAGUCCUCCUCUCUUUUCUGCACUUAUUUAAGUGAAAAAGAUGUAAUUUUUUCCCUCUCUGUUUAGGGUUUGUGCUGGUGAUGGCUUAGAACGCCAUGUGUUUGUAAAUUGAUGCCUUAGGAUUGUACAAUAUGUAGAAAUCAAACCAAAAGAUGGAAACAAGAAUUCACUUUCUGAAGUGAAGCAUCUUGGAUAAAUCUCCCCUUGUAAAUGCCCAUUGUAGCUAAAAGAAUGUGUCUUUUAGUCCAAUAAACAGAAAGAAAGAGCUUUUCUAGCCA